AUGGAACAUGACACUGAUAUAAGGAUAACUGAGUUUGAGCGGCAACGGCAAUCUCAUCAAUAUCGAGACUCGGAAACACUGCUUGCAGCCCAUGAUGUGGACUUCCAAGUUGAUUUUGAUGUCCCUUUACGCCCACCAGGUGCAGAGGAAUCUCCUUCCCUCAUCGACGCGAACUACCAUCAAGGAAAGCAGCGUGUUUCAAAAGCCAACUCAGAAUCACUCUUGGAGCUUCCAAACCAUUCUGGAAAAGAUGUUGUAACCUUGGUGGCAUCGACUCAGAUCAUCCCAGACAAGCCAACCCAGAGAGUUCUCUCAUCACCCAUCAGGGCCAUCAGAAAACUCGGAUGGUGGAGUACAAUUGUCCUUGCCAUCUCGUCGACCGUCAUCCUGGCUAUAUUAGCAUUCAUAACAUUUCUAUGGCAAGCUGACUCCGGCAACUCUUUCUGGCUCUCGAUUAUGGCUAGGAACUGGGGUCCUAGGACGGUCUCAAUCAGCACUUUCUUUCUGCGUUCGGCAGUAGACUUUCAAGCUGGGAUUGCUGCCGCUAUGCUUGCCGCCCUCGCAUUAGAAGCACAUGGCGCUCGACUUCACAAUGUUGCCUCACUAUCUAUAAUGCGGUCGGGCAUGGGAAACCCGUCGACUCUCUUACAAUCUACCGUGAAAGAUGUGCGUUGGGGAUCACCUGCGGUCUAUUUUGCGCUAGCGCUGUCUUUGUUUUGCACAACCACCCUUCUUCAGCUUAGCUCAACCGCUCUUCUGUCAGACCUUCGUCCCGCAUCGCUUCCUGGCCUGCGAAAUUCGAGCACCCUAGCGUACGAUUUCUUCUACAAUGAGACUGCUAAGAUAUCAUCCCUACCACCGGUCACUUACUACGGCGGAGCUCAGUCAUCUCAUCCAUAUUUUGCGGUUGUGCCCCGAGCGUCUUCCUGGCUUCGAAAUCCGGUGGCUUACCCCGUUUUUGCCGAAUACUCUGAACCCGCGGAGCAGAUCUCUGGAGUCGAUGACACAGGUGUGCUUCUAAGAGCCUUUCUGCCUUUUCCUCUGGCUGAGUCACGAGAGAGGCUGCGCAAUUAUUCUGGAAAUGCUCUCGUUCUUGACAGUCGAGUCUCCUGCCAUACCCCAGAGUUCGACAAUGUGACCGAUAUAAUCGAGCAAAUAGACAGAUCGAUUUUUCCCGGCGAGAUUGGCAAUAUCACUGGUCGAGUCACGACUACAAAGUACACCAAUCGGACGCUUGUUCCUGACGAACCACUUCCUUUCACCUGCUACUUAGAUGGGAGUUACUCGAUCUGCCAGCUCAAUGUGCCUCUACUAAAUUUCAGUAGUAUUGUGCCGUAUAGGCGAGGGACGACCAAUAAAAAGCUAUACCCCGCCGGCAACAAUUUCGCUGGCGGUCUCCUGAGUGAGUUCUCUAACAUCACUGGGGUUGACUACGAGCCCCAUAACGUUUGGAAUAAGGAAGGGUUCUGGAACGACGGCCAGGUGAUUCCUCUUUGGGGCAUCUCUUACCUCGUGAUAUCUUCGUCGAUAGUGGACGAAACAAAAUUCACCAAUUUUACCGGUACUCGAGAACGAAAUGAAUGGCUGGACUUAUUUCUCAAGCCCUAUGAAGUACAGGGGUAUCAAAAGCUGGUGAGCACGUCUCUUUGCUUUAGUGCUUGGGACGUCGCACGUCUUGAAGUGGACCUGUUCGGCGACUCGGCUCGAACAGAACCUACCAUUGAAUGGAGUUCUGAGGCCAUCUCAGCCGCGAGUUCGUAUCCGUAUGAAACAUUCUUAUCUGCAAAAAAUUGGAAUGAUAUAGCCAGCUCAACACCUUCAUUUGACAAAAUACUCAAUCAACUUGGUCAAAGUAAGCACAAGCUCACAGCAACCGAACGGGGAAUCAUGACGAUGGCAAAACGUGACUGGACACCAAAGACGUCCGAGACCCGCUCUCUUGACAUUCGGCCUUUUGUCCAAGCCGACGUACAAUAUGACGGAGUGGUGGCCGACCCACUCAGCCAGGCGGGUAUGACCGGAAACACAAGCAUCUACAUGACUUUGAGGGGGUUGAACGUUACCGUUCCGACCCGCAACACCUAUUUCUACGGAGAUGUCAAAAACCCUUUCAUCCUUGCCGAUGCCUCGAUCGGUGGCAUGUUUCUUGAGAAUAUGAAGCGAACCGGGUCAGUUGCUUCAACAUUGGCAUCGGUGAUUACUGUUCUCUCGAGUAUGACGUAUUAUGAUCAGUUUCCGCAAUACACAACCAAAGACGAGAUAUCUCACGUCUACUUCACAACAGUCUUGUGUCCAAGAGCUUACUCUGGAUACGGUGCUCUCAUCAGCACGGCUAUUGUGCAUCUUGUUAUUAUUGCCAUCGUUGCAAUGCUCUUCAUCCGCGAGGCGAAGGUUACACUCCUGGGGAAUUCUUGGUCAAGUAUUUCUCAGAUUGUGACAUCAGAAACAGAAGAAGUCAUCCAAAACAGCUUUAAACUUACCGACUCAGAGGUCAAAAAGAUUUUAGAAAACGAAGGCAGGGGAGGUUUGAGGGUUUGCAUUGCCAAUAAAAAUGCAACAUAG